UUCCUCGCCCCUCUGUGGGCCGCCACGUUACGGCUUGGCAUGCAUGUGCAAAAAACUUAUCAGAUGCGCGUCAUUCUUUGGUUUCACAUCCUUCUCAAUCGCUAGGUAUCGUCGUCUUUUACGCUGCUGUGUAUCUCCCGUAUGCAUAUUGUUACACUUUAAGUGCCGUUGUCUUCUCAGAAUUUUGCGAUCCGUACCAGGCCGACGAGGAGGCAUACUUUGACAUCAACACUGAUCUGUUCUGAAUCAUUUAUUGCACACGAGCCAUUAUCAUGGGUUGGUUCUGGGCCGACGCCACUCCCGCUGCGCCGGUUGUUCCUCCGACGGACUCGAGGCACAGACACCUUACUGGCGCUGGCACGCCUCCUCCCGGAUGUCCCAUGCACAAGACCACCGUUGAUGCCUUCCUUCCGUCUAGCCCAGCACCUUCUUCUUGUCCCGUUCCUCACGACAGCCCCACCGCGAAAGCAGCACUCUCUUCCUGCCCUGUCCCACAUGACAAUCAUGGGGCGGCGCCAGAACAGCGACAGGAGCGGUCGAUGCUCUCGAAACUUAACCCGCUCAACUACAUGUUCCAGUCCAUUUCACAAGAACAGGCUCCAAAUCAGACGUUCGCGCUUCCGACAAGUCGAGACGAGUCGUCCAUCCCCAAGGGCACCGGUGACGGCAACUGGGAGUACCCUUCGCCCCAGCAAAUGUACAAUGCGCUGCUUCGGAAGGGCUACACGGACACAGACAUCACGGCGGUCGAGAGCAUGGUCGCGGUGCAUAACUUUCUGAACGAGGGCGCCUGGUCCGAAGUGGUGGAGUGGGAGCGCCGAUUCGGCAAGGGCCUGAGUCGCGGCUGGGAGGUCAGCAAGCGCGGGGAGGAGAAUGCGCCCCUUGAGCUGAGGCGGUUGGAGGCUCAGGAGGGCGGGCAGGCGCAGCCGACAUUGAUCAGGUUUCAGGGGCGGCCCAAGGACAUGACGCCCAAGGCGGCGUUAUUGCAGAUGCUCGGGCGUGUGUACCCGGCCAAGUUUGGCACCGACCCUCCCUUCGACCGGCACGAUUGGUACGUCUCGCGCGACGUGAACGGCCAGAAGGAAGAGGUCCGGUAUGUGAUUGAUUUCUACUCGGCGCCGCCAGAGCCGACGGGCGAACCCGUCUUCUACCUGGACGUUCGGCCGGCCAUGACGCCUACUGGGGCUGUGGAGCGUUUAAUGCGCUGGGGUGGCGAUGUUUGGUGGAGGGCAUCGGGUGCGCAGGUUCGUGAGGCCAACAACCAGAACCGACAGAAUUGAUGAAGCAAAGAUCAGGGGGGCACAGCAGGCACUUAGGGACUACUUGGCAUUUGUGAA